AUUCGUGCUCCUGGUGACUCCAAACCUCAGUUUUUACAAAAAGUUUUCCAUGGCACUGUAGAAGAAGAACAGGAUCCAGGAGUUAUGAUCAUCAAGGUUAACUUCUUAGCAAUACCUGCUGAAGUUCCUGUGACUCUCCAAGUCGACACUGAGGCCGACAAGUUCGCCAUCUCACCCACUGGUGAAUUUACCACCAAGCUGAAGCUCGACUACGAUGAAGCCCCGCACAACUACACUGUGCAGAUCUCCAUCUCCGAUGGCACCUACAGUGACACUGCUGUUGUGAAGGUUCAGGUUACUGACAUCAAUGAUAACAGUCCUGUUUUUGCCUCAAGUUCUGUCACUAAAUCAGUCCCAGAGGACGCAGAAGUAGGAUCCAAUGUUACUGGAGUUCCAGCUACAGACAAAGACAGCAGCUUCAACAAGGAGAUCAGAUACUCUCUGAGAGGAGCAGAGGGGAGGUUCUCUAUUGAUCCUGUGUCUGGGAUGGUGAGUGUGGCUGGUGCACUUGACAGGGAGACCAAGGCUGAGUACAACCUGCAGGUGAUAGCUGAAGACCAGGGUCGACCAGUCAGGUCGUCCACAGCCACCCUGCUGGUCCAAGUGUCCGACAUCAACGAUAACAUCCCCAAGUUCUCAGAGGCAGAGUACGAGGUUGAAGUCUUAGAAACAGAGUCAGUGGGUAAAAGCGUGCUCAGCUUAUCAGCUGUAGACCCCGAUGAAGGUUCAAAUGGGAGCAUUACUUACAGUAUUUUCCAGCAAAGUCCCUCAUCAGACCCUUCUGUCUUCGAGUUGGACUCUUCCAGUGGGACUCUGCGGCUGGCCCAGCCUCUGGACUACAGUGAGGUGAAGGUGUACAGGCUGAUGGUUCAGGCCUCUGACGGGGGAACUCCCUCACUGGUUGGGAACAGCUCUGUGGUGGUGAAGGUGAAGGACGUGAACAACAACCCACCUGAGUUCAGUAAGGAAAGUUAUGACGUGGCCAUCUCUGAGAACCUGGCCAGCGGUGCAUCCAUCCUGACCCUGGAGGUCACUGACAAGGAUGAGGGAGGAUUUAAGGGAACUCUGCGGAUCCUUCCAGAAUCGGCUCCUUUCUCUGUCAGCUCUGAUGGGACGAUCACAGUAAAGAACUCUACAGCUCUGGACAGAGAGGCCACAGAACGGAUCAUGUUUCAGGUUGAAGCAAGGGAGAAGGAAGUACCCAACCACAUUGCAAUGGCAAAUGUGAACAUUACUCUUCUGGAUGAGAACGACAACAGUCCUGAAUUCACCAGCAGCAAGUAUGAGAAAAAGAUCUUCCCAAACCAAACAGUGGAGAUGUUGCUUGUGAAGGUUGAGGCAGAGGACCCAGAUGCGGGUGUAAAUGGAAAGAUCAAAUACUCAAUUGACUUUGGGAAUCAAGACGGCUACUUCAACAUUGAUGAAGACACUGGAGAAAUUACUCUGGUGGAAAAGAUUCCUAUGGAAGGAUAUAAAACCUUGAAGUUCCUUUUGUUCAUAACAGCCAAAGACGGGGGCGUCGUGUCUCGCUCCUCCUCAGCGCAGGUGGAGAUCCUCGCUGUUGGAGAUUCAAAACCACAGUUUGCACAGAGCACCUACACUGGCACCAUAGAAGAAGAGAGAGACCCGGGGACCAUGAUCCUCAAGGUUGACAUCUUUGCAAUAGAAGAGGUGACUCUACAAGUCGACACUGAGGUCGACAAGUUCGCCAUCUCACCCACUGGUGAAUUUACCACCAAGCUGAAGCUCGACUACGACGAAGCCCCGCACAACUACACUGUGCAGAUCUCCAUCUCUGACGGCACCACAAAUGACACUGCUGUUGUGAAGGUUCAAGUUACUGACAUCAAUGAUAACAGUCCUGUUUUUGCCUCAAGUUCUGUCACUAAAUCAGUCCCAGAGGACGCAGAAGUAGGAUCCAAUGUUACUGGAGUUCCAGCUACAGACAAAGACAGCAGCUUCAACAAGGAGAUCAGAUACUCUCUGAGAGGAGGAGAGGGGAGGUUCUCUAUUGAUCCUGUGUCUGGGAUGGUGAGUGUGGCUGGUGCACUUGACAGGGAGACCAAGGCUGAGUACAACCUGCAAGUGAUAGCUGAGGACCAGGGUCGACCAGUCAGGUCGUCCACAGCCACCCUGCUGGUCCAAGUGUCCGACAUCAACGAUAACGUCCCCAAGUUCUCAGAGGCAGAGUAUGAGGUUGAAGUCUUAGAAACAGAGUCAGUGGGUACAAGCGUGCUCAGCUUAUCAGCUGUAGACCCCGAUGAAGGCAGAAAUGGGAACAUUACUUACAGUAUUUUCAAGCAAAGUCCCUCAUCAGACCCUUCUGUCUUCGAGUUGGACUCCUCCAGCGGGACUCUGCGGAUGGCCCAACCUCUGGACUACAGUGAGGUGAAGGUGUACAGGCUGAUGGUUCAGGCCUCUGAUGGGGGAACUCCCUCUCUGGUUGGGAACAGCUCUGUGGUGGUGAAGGUGAAGGACGUGAACAACAACCCACCUGAGUUCAGUAAGGAAAGCUAUGACGUGGCCGUCUCUGAGAACCUGGCCAGCGGUGCAUCCAUCUUGACCCUGGAGGUCACUGACAAGGAUGAGGGUGGAUUCUCCAAUGGUUACUUCCUCUAUACCAACGAUACCUUUGACAUUAACAAUCAAGGCGUUGUCUCCCUGAGAAAGGAUGUCACUUUGGACAGAGAGACAAAGGAUAGCUACGUAUUACAGGUUGUGGCGGUGGAUCAUGUGACAGACGGUCUGAGAGCCACAGCUCAGCUUAACAUCACCGUCCUGGACUACAACGACAACGCCCCACAGUUCCCAGAUAUCCCAGAUCCCCUGUUCAUCCCUGAGGGCGACUACUCAGAAGAUACUCCAAGGGAGGUGUUCCCCAUCCGGCCCACAGACGCCGACCUCGGCCUCAACGGAGAGGUCUCCCUCACCCUCGCCUCCCGUAACUCACUCUUCAGAUUCAGAGAGGACGGGAUGCUGCUGGCUGUUGGCACUCUGGAUCGGGAGAGCAAGGAAACUUACAAUCUGCUUAUUAGGGCCUCAGACAAAGGCAGCCCGCAGAGAGAGAACAUCACCACCAUCAGCGUGAGCCUCAUUGACGUCAAUGACAACAGGCCGGAGUUCAGCUCCAGCAGCUACGUCAGCAGCAUCCUGCUGAAAGACGCCGAGGAAGGGAAGCUGCUGCUGACGCUCUCCGCCACCGACAGAGACGCCAAGAACAACUCGCUCAUCACCUACAGCUUCUGUGAAGGAAGCUCUCCAUAUUUGGCCUUAAACAGUAAGACCGGGGAAGUGUCUUUGACCUCUGACCUUGCUACUGUCAAAGAAGACACCACAGUAGUGCUGACAGCCAUGGCUAAAGACCACGGCCAUCCUCCUCUGAACUCCACAGCCCGUGUCGUGGUGAACCUGAGGAUGGUCAGUCUGGUGGAGGGCGUGGCCUUCCAGAACUCCUCCUACAACUUCAGCCUACCUGAGAACCAGCAGGCCGGCGUGAUGGUGGGGAAGGUCUGGGCCUCGUCAGGAAGUGACCUAUACGACGUCGCCUACACUCUGAAAACACACACUGAUGUGUUCUCCCUCAAUGCCAGCGGAGCAAUCCUGACCAAAACAGAGCUGGACAAGGAGAAGCAGGAGUGGUACAUCCUGGACGUGGAGGCAGUGGACACGAGAUCCCCCCCUACAACAGCCAUAGCAAUGGUCAGAAUUCAGGUGGAGGACGUGAACGAGGCGCCACAGUUUUCCUCUGAGGUUUACGAAGCCUCCGUCUUCAGCAUUGCUCCGUAUAAAACCCCCAUCAUCCAACUCAAGGCGUCAGACUCUGAUGUUGGUGAUGAGGGUCAGCUGGUCUACAGUCUGUCAUCAGCGAGUCCUUAUUUUGACGUGGAGGCGUCCUCGGGUCUGGUGUUCGUGGUGUCGGCGGUGGGACUGGCUGGAGAGACGGCUAAAGUAGAAGUGAAGGUCACGGACCCCGAAGGACUUCACGCUACGGCCAUGGUGGAGGUGGAGGUUCAGGGAAGUGCGAGCAGCAGCGACGUGGUGACCAUCUCCCUCAACCAACCUGCCAACGUUGUGGAGAAAAAAGUUCCACAGUUGGAGAAGUCUUUAGGGAAAGCUCUGGGCUGGACUGUGAACAUCAUCGAGGUGUCCAGCUCUAACGGAGGAGUGGCUGAGUCCAGAACGCUGAGAGCAGAUGUGGAGACUCUGGUCAGCUUCGUCGCUGUGGAUGAAGGGGAGGCUGUUUCCUUUGAGGACGUCACUGAGAAGCUACAGAGUGAAUCCGCCGCGUUGAGGGCGGAGCUUGUCAAAGUGUUUGGAGAAGGUCUUCAGUUCGAUGUGCUGGGGAGGCCCCAAAGCGCCGGCUCCGACCAGACUGUGGUCAUCGCUCUGGGCGUCCUGUUGGGCCUGAGCGUUCUGGGAUUGAUUGUUACUGUUACCUUGAUCAUCAGGUUCAAGAGGAAUGAAAAACAGGAUUUUGACAAAGAGAGUUUCGACAUGGACAGAAAGGAUGAAGGUUACACGAACAGCAACUGGUCCAAGAAUGUUUCUGAAACCAUCGGAAAGGGGGACGAACAGCCGAAGAAGACGGUCAAAGAGACGUCUGAAGAUCAGACGGUGAAGACGGACACUGUGAGAUCCAAACCGGGUGGACACAGUGACGUAUGGGACAGCGACAUUGAUUCUUGCGCUCUUUAAUCUCAACACGGCAGCUUUCAGCCAAAGUGUAUGGAGGUUUGAGAGUGUCACGAUUACAGACUUUCAUUUAGGAUCAAUUAAUGAAUCUGUAAAUUUAAGGAAAGAUUUAUAUUCUUCAGAACAUCAGAAAUGUUCAGUGAUUUUUAGCCACUUUGGUUCAGACUCAAAUAUCUGAACUAUUGGAUUAAUUGCUUUAACAUUUUGUACAGACAUUCAUGUUCCCCAGAGGACGGUUCGUGGUUCAACUGAUGGAUGGAUUGUCAUGAAAUUUGCAUGUCAUUCUACAUUUAUUGUGCAUUUCUAAGAUAAUUUCACCACGAUAAAUUGAGGUGACAUUUGCAUCAAUUAUGUUUUAUAUUAUGUUUUUAAAUAUACUAAAACAGAAAAAUUACUGCAUUAUUGUUUACAGGAUAUGUUAUAACUUGAUCCUCUGACAGCAGGUCAAAGUUUUCACUAAAGCUUUGCAGCUACUUGAUGGAUUGACACAAUUUUUUUUUCCAGAUAUUUGUGAUUUUAAGACGAUGUAUUCUACUGACUUUGGUGAUCCUCUGAUGUUUCCU